GGCAACCUUUAUACAUCAGAGAGACCAUCAAGGAAGAGUGGAAGACUGACCUGCCCACCUCCCCUCUCUCUCUUCUGCUGCGUUGCUGUUGAAGACUUGAGGUGAACAGGAGGGCGGUUUAGAGAGAGAAAGGGAGUACCGAGAAGUCGCUUAGAGAGAGAAAGAGGAGAUGGAGGUGCAGGCUCACAAUGGCUUCCUGCCGACAGGGAGGCAGCACCGGCUCCAUGGCCACCCUCGCCACCAGCCUCCCACAGGAGACGAUGAGUGGUGGGAGUACUUCCCUUGCCCCUACUGCUACAUUGAGGUGGAGGUUCCGUUCCUCUGUGACCACCUCCACGAGGAGCACUGCUUUGACAUGAAAAAUGCUGUGUGCCCGAUCUGCGCCGACAACCUUGGGACCGACACAGCCCAGCAUUUCAGGGACCAGCACUCACAGCUACUCAAGAGGAGGAAGCCUUCUUCCAAGGCAAGAGGAGCAGCUGCCGCUGACAAAGAGACAUGUGAAGAGGACGAUGACUCCUACUUCGAGACAACCUCGUACAUCGUUGGCAAUCCGGUCGCUGACCAUUCCCCUGACCCUCUGCUCUCUCAGUUCAUCUGCACUGUCGCGCCACCUCCUGUCGAUUCGGAGCCCGGCAAUGCCAAGGAGAAGGAUCAUGCACCACCUUCCUUGUAUGAUCACAGGGUGGAUCCGGUUGUGAUGGAUGAUGCAUCAAGGCAUGAUCUUGAGGAGAGGCUGCAAAGAGUCGAGUUCGUGAAGCAGAUGCUGAUGACGACGAUAGCUCAAGAAUGAUUCUGUUCUCCGGGGUUGAUUUCAGCACUUGACUAGGACUGUUUGGGAUCUUGGAAUGUAGAGUUAUUAUGUCAUUUUCGUUGAACCUGACCUUCACACAUGUAACACCUACAAUCUUGGAUAACUGAAUGACCAAUCUUAAUCAUAUAAGCUAAGCUUUGGUUAUCUCAAUUA